AUGUGCCGUCUGGACGCCCUCGGUAUUGCCGACCACGUUGCCGGUGACGACGACUCCGUCGCCUCACUUUGCUUCUCAAGUCAAGUAGAAAAGCGUAAUGGCCGCUAUGUGGUUCCACUUAUGGUUAAGGGCUCUGGACUUCCAGCCGAAGCAAACAACCGGGUAACGGCGGCGCAGCGGCUGGUCGCGCAGUUGCGGCGUUUUCGUACUUCCCCGCAGCUACUUCUCAAUUACGAUUCCGUCAUUCGGGAAUACUUUGACGAGGGUCAUGCCGAACGGGUUGCUGAUGUUUCGAACCAAACCGACAACGUGUACUACAUGCCCCAUCACGCCGUGAUCCGGAAAGACGCCGUAACGACAAAGCUCCGCGUCGUCUUCGAUGCCUCGUCUCACUGCCCCGGCCAACCGUCUCUAAACAGUCUCCUCAUGAAAGGCUGA